AUGACGUAUCUGACCGAGGCGGGCUCCCGGGUUGCCGGGUCUGCCGCCAGACUCACCCCUUGCUGCAGGGGAGUCGGACACAUGCCGCAGCAGAGGGCAGUGGCCUCCGCCGCCGAUGCCAUCGUGCCCGCCAGUUCGCCGCCCGCCAGCUCCGUGUCGACGAUGGCCCGAUCUAUCGAGUCAAAGGGCGGGUCGAGGAUAUGCCGGGGCUCAGCAGGACCGGGCCGCCGGUUCACCCCGUCGCCCGGGCCGGAACCCAGCCCAGCUCCGUUGUACCCUCGCUUGGACAUGCUCCGAUUUUUUCAAACGGCAAGUUCUCAACACAUGGCCAGCAGCUCUUCUUCGCAUGCUGCCCUGGACUCUCGAGAGACCACUUGCGCCAACCCCGUCUUCGAUGAUGAUGAUGAUGAUGGCUUGAAACAUCUGGGAGCCGGAGCCUGGGGCCACCUCAACCCUCAGCCGAGCGAAUGUGUGCCAUCACCGCCACCAGGGGGCCAACCAACGGAUGCCGAAGAAGGCACGCAACCGGCUGCCGCGCCGGCGCCUUCUGCCGAUGAAGCCAAUUCUGGUGUUGCUGAACCUCCCUCGACGUCGCUGAGCUUCAACAUGUGUCCUGGGCUCUUCCACGCGGCCCGCUCUGCUACCAAAGGCUCACCCAAGUCGUUCUGGUCUCACACCAUGUACCAAACCACGUCCUUGUCAGGCGCCGUCGAAAAAGUCAAGGUGCACUACUGCACCAGCCAGGAAACCAUGGAGCUAGUCUGCCGGCAACACUUUCUCGGCCAAGACGUGCUCGGCUUCGACCUCGAGUGGCUGCCCUUUGCAACACGCAACUCGGGACCGCGGGAAAACGUGUCGCUCAUCCAGCUCGCAAGUCCGGAUCGUAUAGGGCUAUUCCACGUGGCCAUUUUCCCCGCGAAUGAUGACCUAGUUUCUCCUGCUUUUCGCCAAAUCAUGGAGGACCCCAAUGUGAGCAAGGUUGGGGUUCAAAUUCAGGGUGAUUGUACGAGGCUGCGGAAUUCUCUGGGCGUCACAGCCAAGGGCGUGUUUGAGCUGAGCCAUCUGUACAAGCAGGUCAAAUUUACAAAGGCCAACACGCCGGAGCUCAUCAACAAGAUACCAGUGGCCUUGUCCACGCAGGUGGAGGACGUGUUGAGGCUGCCGCUGUACAAAGGCCAUGCCGUUAGGUCGAGUAACUGGAUGAAGCGCUUGAAUUACCAGCAGCUACUGUAUUCUGCGUCAGAUGCGUAUGCCGGCAUUCAGCUGUACCACGUUCUGGAGACACAACGCAAAGAAUUGCAGCCUUGCCCCGAACGGCCUUACCACCUCGAACUUAGGCUUCGAAUUCCCGUGGCCAAACCACCGGUUGAUACUGUCACAGCAGCAGCAGCAGCACCAGAGGACCAACUAUCCCACGACUCGGGCCCUUCAUCUGCGUCUGACGCCGCGGCGCAGAACUUGCCACCAAUUGCCUCUCCCACACCGACACUCUGCACUUCAACAUCUCUCCAAUCAUCACGGGACGUUCGUGUCGUUGCCGCCGAAGCCAAAGCUAGAGAUUACAUGGCAUCCAAGCAAAACGUUUCUGCGAAGCCGUCCGCCUUGAGGGCUUAUUAUAUUUGGCACGGCAAUAGCGAGCUGGACCCAGGGGCCAUUGCCAGGAUUCUGCGUGAUCCGCCCCUUUUGACCAACACCGUCGUGUCCUACAUUCUGGAUGCGAUUGUCGCAGAGAAGCUCCCUCAUGAUAAGGGGAGACUGAAGCGCGAAAUCGUAUCUUUGUUGCAUCCGACACUGAAGGUUGGUAGAAAGUACGGCGAAUUGGUAAGAAGCUGCGAGGUGUCGGCUUGA